ACUUUCCCAAAAUAACCUAGAGAUCCCGAAAUAACGGAGGAAGAGAUGGAGGAGACGAAGCCAUUGGUAGGGAAUCAUCCCCAGCAACAACAGCAGCAGCAGCAACAACAACAGCAACAGCAACAGCAGCUCCUCUAUCAACACCAGUUACAACAGAGACAGCAACAGAUGCUUCUAUUACAGCAGUUGCAGAAACAGCAACAACAACAAGCCGCCAUGUCUAGAUUCCCUUCCAACAUCGACGUCCAUCUGCGACCUCCAGGCUCAAUCCAAACCCGACCAAUUGUCCCCCCUCAGCAGCAGAACCCUAAUCCAAGCCCUAGCUUGGGACAGCCUACACCGAAUCUUCAGCAGCAGCAGCAGCAACAGCAGCAACAACAGGUUGCAGCGAGUCAGCAGAUGAUGCAACAACAACAACAACAGCAGCAGCAGAAAUUGAUGCGUCCGUUGAAUCACAUCGAGCUUCAAUUCGCGUAUCAGGACGCGUGGCGUGUCUGCCACCCUGAUUUCAAACGACCUUUCUCUUCCCUCGAAGACGCUUGCGAAAGGUUAUUGCCUUAUCACGUCGUAGCAGACUACGAAGCAGAAGAGGACGAUAGAAUCCUUGAUUCAGACCCAACAGGCCAGGCCCUUUCCCGCUCUCAGCAGUGGGACAACAACAUCGCCGCCAAAGUCGCCGAGUUCACCGCAACCUUUGAGAAACAAGCCCUUGCUUUCAACAUAAUCACUCGGAAGCGAGCGAUGGGAGAGUUCAGAUCCGAGGAAAGGCUUAUGGUGGAGCAGGCUCUGCUGCAAGAGGAGAGGAAGGCGUUGCUCGAGCUGAAAGCGGAGAUGGAUAGGGAGAAGGCUGGCAGGGAGGCUCAGGAGGCUAAGCUGCGUAUGGCGGCUUUGGCUCAGGCUGGACAGUCGCAGUCACAUGCCGAGAUAAUGGCACGUAACCCGUUGAGGGCUAACGCGGUUGGGAAUCAGGGGAGUAAUAUUCAGCUGAGUCACGAGAUGGGAGAGCAGGGACGUGGCAUGAACCCUGAUGAGAUGAUGAAUGGGUGGGGAAACAGUAGUCAGAGAGAGGAGAAGGAGCCUUCGGAAGAUUUCUUGAAUGAUGAGGAGAAUGAGAACGGAGAGACGGGUGAGCAAGAGAACUGGCGUGAAGCAGGGGAGUUCGAUUUGAACAGCCGCUAAGUGAGUGACCAAUGUGGAGACAUUGUCUGGAGGGAGUCUCAUAAGUUUGAAGUUGUUGUAGAAGAAGUUAUAAUUGAGACAACUAGAUUGAAGAUAUGCUUAUACAUACCGGGAUGGUCAGGCUCAAAGCCAAGUAAGCAUUAUUCGGUUUUAAUGUUGAUGUAAGCUUAAAUUAGAUGUGUGUUAAAAUUUUAUUAAAAAGUGUCCUGAGAGGAAUAGAGUUCUUCAUUUUCAUGGAGAUGGAGUGGCUUGUUAUCUAAUAAGCGAACCUUGUCAAAGGUGUAAGAAGAGCUUCAGGUUCUAAAGCUUGUAGUAGGUAAAGAUUAUGUACCCUUUUUUUUGGACAACGUCAGAUUAUGUACUAAUGUGGAUUUGUUAUGUAUGUAUGAAUUGUUUUGUUUUUGUUAUGGAUGAUUGUAAUAGUAAAAUUGUAUUUUUGUUA